GUUCCCACACUUUAGUGUUUCCCAUUCUGAAGUUCUGCUGUAUUUACAUUACACGAUCACCAAAAAGCAGAAAUUUACUCCGGAUUCUUCUCUCUUGAAUUUGAUUCCUGGAAUAUUCCCCGAACGAGCAAACGACGAAGAUCUCGUAGAUUCACAAUCGAGUUCGACAGAGAAUCCUACUGCGUAAACAAUGUUUACAUCUGGAUUCAAAUUACCAGUAACCUCUAGUAGUCCCCACAACACUGUGGUUUCUCCAACUCACAAUACAUGGAAUCAACAUCCACCGGAAUCAAUGCCUUGGGGUCCUUUACCACAGCACAGAGUUACAAGGUUUUCAGGUGAAUUAGACACACAAUCGUCAUGCACUGCAGUUUCAAAUGAACCAAUGUUACUUUGGAACACCCCCCAGGACAACUGGAAAUUAAUGCCAUUAGCUUCACCCAUAAAAAGAAAAAUUGAAGAUCCUUGUGAAGAACAAGUUAGAAAACAGCUUAUAACUGAAGACAAAAUUUCUGCACACUUGAGUCAACUUCAAAUAGGAUCCCCCACAGUGGAACAUACCAACUGUAGAUUAGAUAAUAUGGAAGAGGAUAGUACACCCACCACAACCUGUUUAGAAGGUUUAAAAAUUGAUUCCUGCUCCAAGUUAGUGCUUUCCGAAGAAAUUCUUAACUUCCAGCGCGAAAAUAGCAUCCCUGCAUCUCUUCUUGAAAACUUUAACAAACCUUCAAUGGCAGUUGUUUUAUGGCAGCCGAGGAACACUGUUCACCAGCUCGUUACCAGUUCAACAGAAGAACAGUCUUGCAGGGCGGCUUUAGAAGAAAAUCCUUCUAAUGGCUUGGAGCUUCACGAAGACGAAAGCAACAACAAUGAGCCAAUUGAUAACUUUAACUUAAAUGAGAUGGCUAGCCAAUCGGAUCUCGAAAUGGAUGAUGAUCUCUAAUCACAUUUUUAUUUUUUGAAUUUGUAUGUUAAUUUUGAUAAAAUAAAGCGUUUUUGUCGGUGAA